CUGAAAUAACGAAGCCGUCUAGUGUCCGUAUAAAACGACGUCGAAUUGUAAACGGUAAACGUGCUAGUUGACUGGACUGAACUGAACCUAACCGAAUCAUAGCUUCCGGGUCAUAUCCAGAUCCGGGUACGUAACAUAACGUCAUAUCUAUUUAGUUAGGGUUUCCCUGCUCGCAGCGUGAAAAUGGCGUCUUUUGGAUCAAUUAGGUCUGCAAUAUUCGACAGAGAAGAAAAGAAACAGCAAUAUCAAGCUCACAUAUUAGGGCUCAACGCAUACGAUCGCCACAAAAAGUUCCUCAAAGAGUACGUUGGGUUUUAUGGGGGAGAUAGGCAAAAAGAAGAAAAGUUACCUAUCAAAACUGAUCAAGACACACUUAGAGAUGGUUAUCGGUUCAUACGUUCAGAGGAAGAUGAUAUGGAUACUUCAUGGGAACAAAGGCUGGUGAAGCGUUACUAUGAUAAGCUUUUUAAAGAAUAUUGUAUUGCUGACAUGUCACAAUAUAAGACAGGCAAGGUUGGAUUGAGGUGGAGAACCGAGAAAGAAGUAAUAUCUGGAAAAGGGCAGUUUGUAUGUGGUAACAAACACUGCAAUGAAAAAGAAGGGUUAGCAAGCUACGAGGUGAAUUUUGCCUAUUUUGAAGCUGGAGAGAACAAGCAGGCUCUGGUGAAAUUAGUAACUUGUGAGAGAUGUGCAAAGAAACUUCUUUACAGAAAAUUGAAGGAAAAGGAAAAUGAACAAGAGAAAAAACGAGAAAAAGAAGAGCACCGAAAGAAGAAAAGAGAAAGGGAGGAAAUUGAUGAUACAAGCAAGGAUUAUGAGAAGCGCAAAGGAAAAAAGUCGUCCGCAGCAGGUGAUGGGGAAGCCGAUGGAGUGGAUAAUUUUGAUCGGUAUCUCCAAGGAAUGUUCCUUUAAACAUUUGCUUUGUUACUUAAAAUAAUGUAAGAAAAUUGUAAAGUAAAUAAUCUAGGUUUUUUAGGGGUCGAUUUAAACGAGAUUUAUGUUGUGUGGUCAAAGUGGAUCCUUUUUAACUCUUGAAACUUUGGUUAUAGAAACGAAAAAAACACAACAAUUUUAAUAGGUGAUACUUUAGUAGGACGAGUUAGAGAUCUAUUGUAAGCAAAUUCAACGUUGAUGAA